AUGGCUUCCGCUCUGGAACAACUCAAAAAAUACACCACAGUCGUCGCUGAUUCGGGCGACUUUGACAGUAAGAGAGAGAUCAUUUGUAAAGGAGUUUCUUUUCUGAUUGCUGUUUGGUAAAUCACUGUUAUGAUAUACUUUUGUUCAUUUUUACUUCUCAGCCAUUUCGCAGUACAAACCCACCGAUGCGACGACCAACCCAUCGCUCCUUCUUGCUGCUUCCAAAAUGCCUCAGUAUCGAAAUUUAUUCGACAAAGCGGUUCAGUACGGAAAGGCCAAUGGAAGGUAAAGAAUACUCGAACCAUUUCUCUUAGUUAGUUUACGUUUUGACGUUUUUGCAUGUCCAAGGAUUCAAGGUCACGCUUCAUGUGUUUAAGGUUAUGAGUUUUCGUGAAAUUAAAGAAUAAGUUUAUUUAAAUCUUGGGUGUUGAAUAUGCAAUUGAUUAGCAGGAUAAUUGCAAAAUAGUAAUUUUUUGUGUAGAACAAAAACUUACGGAUUGUCGAGGUGCCAAUAUUUGAGGGAAGAGGUGUUUUACGUAAUACGACGUCAUUGCAAGCACUGAACUUAUAGUUAGCUGGCCAUGCACCGUGACGCACGCAACUUUCGUACAAUUUUACUAAUACGCCUAUUGUACAAAUACAACAAACCCCAUCCAAGGGCUUUUAGAGUUGAUGAUCUUUUACAGAAAUAAUAUUACUGAUGUUGGAUGUUUGAAAUAAUACAAAAAAAUAACAUGGAAAUAAUGUGAUAUCGCCUGAAGCAAAUAAUUUUGAAACAAACAACUUGAUUAUAUAUCACAUCAUUACUACGUUCAUUUUAAUAUCCAAAUCGAAGAAAUGCUCGGCAGCUCUAUCUGAGCAUUUUAAAUGGGCCAGUGCCUGUCGUUUUGAAAGUCCCAGCGAUUACUGUGGCCUCAAAAGCUAUCAAUGUCAAGAUUUCCCAGAUGGUAAAACUAUCAGUUAACAAAACAAAAUGGUCUAGUUUGUUAUCUACACACGGCACUUUUACUCCAUAGAUUCUGAUUUAAAUAUUUGGCUUCAGGCCUGAAAAAUUGCCAUGACUUUAACCCUUGGCUUGCCUACCAAGGAUGUUUGUCUAUGUCCUGUGUGAGGUCACUCUGCAAUCAAGGAUGUGUAUAUACGUCCUCAGACAGACAAUAUUAAUGAAAUUAACAAAAGCCUAGUCGUUCGAGUUGUCUUAAGUAAAUAAACUCCUGUCGUUGAGAAAUGGCUGCUGGUAGCUGGGUGUAUUUGGCUCUAGUAGGCAAGGGGUUAAAGGAAUGUGCCCCUGGUCAUAACCACAACAUUACUAGAUCAGGACCAGGAGUCAAGGAAUUUUGAUAUUUGUAUUUUAAAAAAUCUUAAUGUUAUGGGGAGUGCAACAAUUAGUUUCAGUUUCAGUGUCAUACUCAGCCAGCCCACCACACCUUUUAUUAUUGCAACUUACGGUUUUAAAAGUUAUAAUAAUGAUAUAAUAUAGCACAAAAAGGCCUGUCAUAACUUUCUGCUUCCUUUAUUUUCCUACCAGUUUCUUUCAUCCAUUUCGCUCUCUCCUUUCUUUGCUUGAGACCUGCCUGAUUGUACAAUUAAAUUAUUAGAGCUAAAUGCUGCUAAAACAGCCACCUUUAAUACUGCAAUGUGGUAUCAACAAAACAGAUUGUUGUGUUCAGUGAGUGUUACAUAAAGUGCUGUCAGGGAUGUGCUCUAGCAGAGCCCGGUGGCUCCUUGCACCUAACUCUUGCUCUUGGGCAACUAUAAAAUCUUACUUUUUUCGUACAAAUUUUAUGCUGGGCACCCUGGAUUUUACAGGCUCAGAGCACUGGGCUCCCUUCAGUUUUCCUUAGAGCACAGCCUUGAUUCUCUAUGGAGAACUUGUAUAAAGUAUUUAAUUGUAAAUGAUCAUGAUAUCCUUGUAAGAGGGAGCUGUCAUCCAAUUGUUUAUGUAAUUUUAAGAUGAGCUUUUCUUCUUUUCUGAUUUUACUGGCUUUGAGAUACUUAAAGGGAUUUCUUUACUUAACAGUCUUUACUGGGUCUUCAACCUAAUCCUUUUUUGUAUAUCAUUUUAUUGAAUUUCUUAUUUUUGGUUUUUAAAUUUGAAGCACCCUUGAAGAGCAGCUGACUGAAGCAAUGGACAAAAUGGUAAAUACAGCAUUUUUCUAAUUAAAAACACGACUAUAGCAUUAGUAAAAAAACAACAACAACAAGCUUUAAUAAUUUAUAGCAGAACCUUAAGAAAGUAUGGCUGAUGACGUAAUUAAGUCCUUAAUUCAUUUAUCUGUUACAAAUGAGUAAUAAAAUUAAUGGAAACGUAUCCCUUGUUAGAUAAUGCUAUAUUGUUAUUCCAGCUGGUAUAUUUUGGUGUAGUUCAAUAAUAUUAUGGAAUAAAGAUGAUUGGUAUUAGUUUAAAAUUCAAAUUAGCUCUUUUAUUUGUUUUAGUUUGUACUUUUUGGAGUUGAAAUACUAAAGAUUGUCCCAGGAAGAGUUUCAACAGAGGUUGAUGCUAGGUAAGCCAUAAAAAGCCAUGCCUUGAAUGUGCAAUGCUUUCAUUGUUUACGAGCUGUUGAACUGUCUUCAAAACAAAAAAGGAAGAACCAGCAAAACCAUUGCAAAGUUCAAGGUUGAAUAGUAGUGUGCUUACACUCUCUGGAAAUGGCUUUAAUGCUUUAAGCCCCAGAUGAACCCAAAUACAAAAAAAUUAAUUCUAAACUUUCGACUGAUUUCCCUUAAAGAAUUAGUCGAGAGACGUUAGUAAAAGAUCAAAGCAUUUUCUCUUUAGUAACCAUUUUAUUAAUUCAUGUAGCCUGUUCUCUUGAUUAUGCCUUGAUGUUGGUAGGAGAAACAUGAUUUUGAUCACUUUUUGAUGGUUAAAAGACCAUAACACCUUUGCAUGCCCAAUUAGCACCUUCACUUAUGGAACACAGCCUGAGAAAAUUAAUUCAGCAGUGAAAUACAUGUACCUACCGCGCUUUAGUGUAAGAAUUCAUUUCCACUUGAAUUCAUGGGAACAUUUUAUUUAGUUUUUUUUAUUUUGGGGGGUAAAGGUUAUCCUUUGAUGUUGAGGGCUCAAUUGAGAAGGCCAAAAAGUUUAUCAAGUUGUAUGAGGAAGCUGGAAUCAGCAAAGACAGAAUCUUAAUCAAACUGAGCACAACUUGGGAAGGAGUCCAAGCUGCAAAGUAAGACAGUUCUUCAUCAUCAAUUUUUUGGACAAUAUAAUAUUACUCAAGGUUGUGAGCACCGAGAGUCAUAAUCUGCAAACCGUUUUGAAUUCUUUUCUUUGUAUUUAGUAUACCAAAGGGGGCUCAUGGUCCCAGGCAUUCCUAGUAGAGACUGUAGAAACUGGGGUUAAAAAUCGUGAUGACUUUCAAUGUAUGCAAAUAAGACUGGUGAUGAGCAUGCGGUUUAUUUUUGGGGAUGAUUGAAGUGACAUGCCUAGUUGAACAUGAUUUGGCUUUGCCCUAUUUUAAUAGCAAGAGAAAAAACGACAGUCAAAUUGCACAUAGCAAAGUAGACAUGUACAGGGUCUGGCUUAUGUACUACAGCAAAAGCAGUUGUUCCAAAAGAUUUACAAUAAUAUAAUCUUAUCCAUUAUUGAUAUCACAAUGGGCUGCUCUUUAGUUGGCCUGUGUUGCAUCUGGUCAUUGCAAAAUGGUCAGGGUUCGAUUCUCAGUCAAGCCUGAAUUUUUUUCAGGUUCUUUUUCAACCUGCUUAGGUUGUUUGAAAAAAAAAACAUUUUAUUUGAGUGUCAAUGUAUUUAGCACAAAAGAACUGAUAGGGGACACUAUUUUUAUGUCUCCUACUAGAGACAGGAAUGCCAUUUUAUGUGGUAAUCCGAGCCACGUGAAGGUCUAGCCGCUUGCAGUGCAAAAGGAGUACCUUCAUUUCUCAGUUAUUUUAAGACCCUGAGUAUUGGUCCGGCCCCAAGAAUCGAACCCGUGACCUCCUGCUCUGCAGUCACAGGCUCUACCGACAGAGCUAACACUGCCAUGGUCACUCAACUUCAAAGAUCAUGUUCUCUUUCAUAUCUUUAUCUGCAGUUCAAAAUAUGAUUCAUUUUAUAUAUUUCAAUUGAUGAUUCAUUUCAUUAUUUUAAUUCAAAUCUUUUCUAUCAUUUAUUAGAGUUCUUGAGGAGGAACUUGGUAUUCACUGCAACAUGACACUCCUUUUCUCCUUUGCACAGGUAAAUAAGAGUUGCAUUAUCACAGAAUUUCCAUAAGAUUAUUGUGCAGUGUACAUUCUAGACAUUUAGUACAGAAUGAUAUACAGUAAAAUGUGGCUAAAUGUAAUUUAGGCGAGGUUAAACAUGAGACGAAUUAUGCGGUCUCCAUUGCUAAUCAUGUGUGGGCCGGGCUUAGGGCUUUUUCUGGGUCUCAGUGUUUUUAUGUACAGCACUCCUUUGGAGGUCAAGUCAUUUUGCAUGCAUUGUCUUUGCUUGUGCUUGCACUAAAGCCUUUUUUGCUCCCAGCCUUUCCCUUCCUCUGGGUAGGUCUUGGUAAGUAUCUGAAAACUUUCCACUGCGGUUCUCAGUGAUGGUGCCUGGUGGCUGCAGCUCACAAGGUUGUCAUGGUUACCUUCAUGCUCGCUUGUGGCUCCUUCAGUUUACUCAGGCACCUUCCCCACACCCAUCUAUUAGCGAUGGGUCUAAAAUCCGCGACUAUGAACCUGGUUUUUAAGAACGUGUUAGCUAAAAUUUGCCCGUUAGGCCCCUUCUAUACAAGAACCUGUUUAGCCUAAAAUUUGAAACAGGUUCCUAUUUUCUAAAAUCUAUAUAUAAAAAAAAUUCUGUACACUUGGGCAAAUAAGAUAAAGUCAACAUUCAGAAUCCUCUUUGGAGACGCAGGUUCCUUAACACUCCUACUGCAAUAAUUUAUUGUAAUGUCAUACACGUUUUAACUAAGGAAUUAAACUGAAUACCACUAAAUAAAGUCUCUUAGCUGCAAUUCAGAAAAUAAGAACCUGUUUAUUAUAAGAAUGUAAAUAGCCUAAAUUUGUGUCAAUUGCCAUCUAUGUAAGAACCUGUAUGGGUUAACUUGGGAAAAUGUAGCUUCUAAGUCACGGGUUUUUACUGUAUGGAAAAACCAGCCCUAUCAUUGUGGGAAUUGACAUUGACUCAAUGUACAUGUGGCAUGAAAAUAAAAUGUAAAUUUUAAGGCUCCACAUACUUCCAAAAGCACAUCAUUCUCUGACUGAAGAUCUGAGACUUUGAAGCAGAAAGUUGAAGACCUUGUAAAGGAUAGAAACUCACAAAAACAAGACUCCAAAGCGUGGUACAAGGGCCAUCCUUUUAUUUACCUUAUAAUUGCUGAAAGGACCUAGCACUGACCUUGCUAGUGAAAGAAGCAACUCUAAUAUAUACCGUUCCAUCAAAAUUGAGUGUAUUGUAAAAGAUUACCAAAAUAGACGACGUGGUCUCUCCUUUCCUGCAUGUAAUUCAGUUCCUCUGCGAGCACUUAGGGAGGGAGGGAGGGAAGGGAGGGUAUUGCAAUGUGGAAGAGGCAGGGAUACUUUUAGUCUUCCUAUUGGGGUUUUGGUAGUCAGUUUCAGGACUAUAGGAUGAAUCAUCAAGACACAUAGAAGUGAUGUCAGUAGCAUUGGGCUGGUCGGCCAAAUGACCCACUGGGCUAGUGUAUUGUCAUUAAAAGUUCCAAAAGCAAGCUAUUUUACUGUAUUUUAAGGCAAUAGAACUGGUAAUAUUGACUACAUUUGGGGCUAUCCCAUCAGUGUGCCCCACUUUGGACAAAUGGUAACCCUGCUCUUUAGAUCACAUGACGUGUAGGUGAAUUAAUCAUAGCACUUCGUAAAAACCAUGUAUUAUUAAUUGCCCGAUUUUUGUUGCCUCUCUAGGCAGUAGCUUGUGCAGAAGCUGGUGUCACCUUGAUCUCCCCAUUUGUUGGACGAAUUUUUGAUUGGUAUGUUAAGAACACAGACCAAAAGGAAUUUCAACCUGCAGAUGACCCAGGUAGAGAUGACAAGUAAAUAAAAUGAUAUCAAUAAAUGACUGGCUGGAGCUUACAAAUUUAUUUGUGCAAAAAUACCAACCAAGGAAAGUGAACAACUACAUCACCAGGCCUCAGAUGUUUAAAAGGUGGAUAAAGCUAUCCACUGAAUAAAUCUCUAUCCAUUGGAUAGCGGACUUGGUUACCCCAAUACAUAUCCACUGGAUAGUGAUUGAAAUCCAGUGGAUAGCGCUAUCCAAUGUUUGUUUUACAACUCUGUAGGCAAUAAAAUGUUUAGCCUUUUUCUUCUGGAUGAAAAUGUGGCUGGAUUUCUUGAAAACUUUUUUACACUUAACAGUGUACACUUUUCAAAUUUUGUGGUUUGUAUUCUUCUCUGUAAUAGUAGAAUUUCACGUGUUCUCAGUGAUGUAAUUAUGAAAUAAUGAAGUACUGUAUGUGUUAGUGUCUCUGACCCUCUGUGUAUUUGGGUGCUUAUCAUAACAAAACGUUUCUGGAAAAUCCAGUUGGAAAGUAAAUGGAACACAACUUUUAGGGUCAUUUUAGUGGAAAAUUCUCUGUACAAUGUAUGUUGUUCAUGUUGUUUAUCACAACAUGGGUGGCAGUACAUCUUCAUUAUCAAUAUGUUGACUUGUUCUUUCUUAGGUGUUAAGAGUGUGACAGCAAUAUACAACUACUACAAAAAGUUUGGUUACAAAACUGUUGUCAUGGGAGCAUCAUUCAGAAACCUUGGGCAAAUCACUGAACUGGCUGGAUGUGAUCUUCUCACAAUCAGGUAUCAGCAAAAAUUCAACUAAGGGGUGCAUGGAAUAUUGAAGGCUCUAAGCGAGUCUUCAUAAAAUCUCAAAUUCGUGUUUUGAUUAUCAAGCACAUACAAUGCAAUCUGCUAGGAGAAUACCUCCACCCUGGGGAGAGUGAAGAAUGGCAGGUCAUUGUAGGGAGAUUAUUGCCCUUGUACAGAGGUUGAAACAUGAAAGAAUGUAUCUGCCAGGACAGACGAAAGUAGCUGUUGUGGAGGGAACCAUUAGCAGAGUUUCUUUAUGUGGUAUAUGAUACAAUUCCUACUGUUUGCCUUAAGCUUUUGCUUGAAAUUGCCCAUGAAUUUUGUAAUUAUAUUAUUUUCUUAGCUGUGAAGAACAUAAAAUUGUAAUAAUGACAAGUUACAAAUUUCCAAAAUAACAAAUACCAGAAGAUAAAAUACAAUAGGUCAAUCCCCGAGCUGCUAGUGAGCCCCACCACCCCUAGUCCAGAAGCACUAACGUUUGUUUCGUAUUUUCAGUCCAUCUUUGUUAGAAAAGCUCGUGAAAUCGACUGAGACAGUCUCCCAAAAGCUUUCGGUUGAGGAAGGUAAGGAUAAACAUUAACUUUGCCGUCAGGUGAUGGUUAAUGAAAAUCAGUUCCUAAACGUAAUAAUAAUAAAGUAUUUAUAACUUUUUGAAUUAUCAUUUUAGUUUUAGACGUAGAUUCUUAUUCUGUGUUUUGUAACUUGUGAUUUAUUAUAAGAGCAUAGGAAAUUUAUGAAUUUCAUGGUUUCCCUCAGCUAUAUACUACUGAUUCAUUAAGAAGUCCCGUUUUCAUUACCAGUAUACAAGGUCAAACAUUUUUUAUUACUCUUCCUUGUAUUUUUACAGCUCAAAAGCUUGAUAUUGAGAAAGUAUCCUUGGAUGAAAAGAAAUUUCGUUGGCUUCUCAAUGAGGACCAAAUGGCUACUGAGAAGUUAGCGGAGGGAAUCAGAAAGUUUGCUGCAGAUGCUGUAAAACUUGAGGAUAUGAUUAAAGCAGAGCUCCAAAAGUAACUGCAGAUCUAAACACAAGCUGGUAUAAGUGCCAAGACCUACACUGGACCCAUGUGGAACUCUAUCUAUGUGCAUUAAAAAAAAUACUUUGUCUUGAUAUUUUACAUGACCAUUUUACCCAAUAAUAAGGCUUGAAGGUCCCGGUAUUUAAAAUUAGUAUCUUACUGAAUUAAGUUCUUUUUAGGCUGCAGAAGUAAUAGGUGUAUUUUCUGACUUGUGAAAAUAUGCGUACCCGUAAUGGUGCAAUAAAUUGCAGUUCUGUUUAUGU